CAGCGAAUUUUGUUAUUGUUGGAUGUCCCUCUCUCCGUUUUGGCUUUAAUUUAACAAACGACAAUACAAAAUGAGUAAUAUAUACAUCCAGGAGCCGCCCACGUCGGGCAAGGUUCUGCUGAAGACCACAGUUGGCGACAUCGACAUCGAGCUCUGGGCCAGAGAGUGCCCGAAGGCGUGCCGCAACUUUGUGCAACUAUGCCUGGAGGGCUACUACAACAAUACUGUCUUCCAUCGCAUGGUAAAAGGAUUCAUAGUGCAGGGCGGCGAUCCCAAUGGCGAUGGCACUGGCGGCGAGUCCAUUUACGGACAGCCGUUCAAGGACGAGUUUCAUUCGAGACUGCGGUACACGCGCCGCGGCCUGGUGGGCAUGGCCAACUCGGGCAAAGAUGACAACGCCUCGCAGUUCUUUUUCACGUUUGCCGAGACUCCGGAGCUGCAGAGCAAGAACACACUCUUCGGCAAGGUCACGGGCGACACAAUCUACAACAUGCUGAAGCUGGAGGAUGGCAUUGUGGACCACCAGGAGCGGCCCAUGCACGCACAUCGCAUUAUGUCCACCGAGGUGCUCACCAAUCCCUUCGACGACAUUGUGCCGCGCGCCAUUGCCAAAGCAGAGAAGAGCAAAAAAGUCAAGAAAGAACGACAGGGCGUCAAAAACUUUGGCCUACUCUCGUUUGGUGAAGAGGCCGAGGGCGAUGAGGUGGAGACCAAUGUGUUCGUUAAGCAGAACGCCGGAAAGGCCAAAUCGCUGCACGAUGUCGCAGAUGAUCCGAAGCUAAGCAAGGAACCGAUUCAAGUGCCCAAGCAGGAGCGGGCUGAUAGCGAGGAGCCCUUGCCGAAUGACAAUGAUGAGGAGGAGGACAGUGGCAAGGCCAAGUCUUCCACUGGCAACUACUCCGAACUCAUCAAAAUGAAACUCUCCAAGACAUCAGCUGCACGUACCCAGAAGACUACAAAGCCUGUCGUUGUGGAGAGUGACCCGGAGGAGGAGGAGGAUGUGCUAAUGACCCGAGAGCAAGAACAAAGACUUAAGAUAUCCAAGGAGAAAACAAAAAUUCGCGAAGAAAUUGCUUCGCUGAAGAAGCAAUAUCAAAUGGACAAAAUCAGCAAGGAUAAGCUGGCCAAUGGCCCGGAGAAGACUGUAAAGGAAUCGAACAUUAAGGGCGGCAGCGAAAAUCAUUACAUCAACGACUUUAUAGAGUCAAAGGAGAUAUACACCGCCAAGGGAAAGCUGCAACCCAAGGGGCAGUCCAGGGAGGAAUUCACACUGCAGCUGUUGGCCAAAUUUCGCAACAAAGUGGCUGGCUUGAAGCACAAGGAUGGCGCUGAGGAUGGUGAUGCAGAUGCGGCUCAGGAGGAGCCAAAGAGCUUGGACAACGGAACAGUGGAGAAGGAAAUUGUGGGAGACGACUGGCUGGCGCACACCUUAAAUUUCAACAGCACAGUGCCCGUGCUGGCCAAGGAUGCAAACAGCAAGGGCGAUGAUUGGUACGAUGCCUACGAUCCGCGUAAUCCCCUCAAUAAACGCAAACGAGGCGCCAACACCGGCUCAUCCAGUAAAUCAAAUUCCAAUAAAAAGAAAUAAAUUAAAUUCCAUCUUCAAA